GUGUGUGUGUUCUGGUAAUCAUCACUUUGUGGGGACAAGAAUCUGUUUACACAGUCACGUAAUGGGGACCUCUUGCGUUGUGGGGACCAAAAAUCAGGUCCCCAUAAGGUUAACCCAUUUAAUUGGAUAGAGGAACUAUUCUGAAGGUUCUGGGCGGAGUUUUAGCAUUGGCCCAUAACACAUGAUUAUCAGGUAUUGUGCGUGUGUGUAGCGGGAGCUCUGCUGCGCCCCCAAACAUUUUUGGCUGGUAAUGCACUCACUUCUCCACACACACAUUUUCCAAUUAUGGGUGGGUACCGCCCACUUCCGGGUCCUCGUUAGGAAGGAGUUCGACAGCAACUUGAAAAUACAAGUAUUAAAUUGAUAACGUUACUUCACACGGAGAACAAAGAAGAAGAUUAACGUUAUUUACUGGAGAUGCCAACGAUCUGAACUUCUGCCGAGGAUAAAAGUGAAGCUUAAGGUAAGCACACAUAAUAAAUCAAUUAGGUUAAUUAGAUUAGUCUGCGGGCUAGCUAGUUAGUGCUAAUUGUUGAGGCUAACGCAGUUAAGUGUGGCCUUACAUGUUUCUCUGUUUUUCCAAUUAGCGAUCACAUAAUCAUGCAAUUUCAUGUUAAGGACUUAAUUUUAACUGAAAAGUGUUGUGUAGUCUGACUGAUUGCUAAUGGAUUCGGUUUUUAAGGUUGUUUUUGUCUAGUUUGCGCUAGUGCUGGACGGUGGCUUAUUUUAUAUUUUAAAUUGAAGAUAUCUUACAUGUAACGUUAACACUUAUGUUUGACUGAUCAAUAAUUGUUUUUACAUUUAAAUUAACUCUAUAGGCAGCAUAUACAAGCCACAGAUCUUGACCAAAGUGCUUAACAGAGAAAUUAAGUUGGCUAAAAUAAAACAAAAACUAAAAUAGAAAGUAGCUUUAAGAAUAAACUUAAUUUUAAUUAUGACGGUAGUUAAAAUAAACUGGGGUUUGUAUGGUGAGCUCGUUCAAAAGAGUAACUUGGUUAGGUUAAGGACCAAAUGAAUAGUUAAAUAAUUGCCAAGGCUAAUGUUACCUGGAAUAAAAUAGAAGAUGGUGAGUUGAUGCUCUCAAGGCUAGCAUUGUUGUGCCAGUCAAUAAAUCUAAUAUUAUUUUAUAGAGUUCAUAUGUCUUGUCUUACACUGAUGCAUACAAUAUCAUUGUAAUGCUGUAACAUUACAAUACCAUUUUUAUCUACUUCUUGAACAUAUUAGUUGAAUUCUGCGUAUCUUCAUUUUCAGUGUAAUUACUUUCACAUGUUUUUAUUUUUCAUCAGUUUGAAAUGCCACCACGAAUCAGCCCCCUUAAGGAUGCCAUGCAUCAUGUUGUUUCAAAAACUGACAAAACAUUCAAAUUAGAUGUGAAGUAUAUCAGUGCAGUGAAAGGACGUGGUCUAUUUGCAAAGGCUGCCUUUUGCAAAGGUGAUUUUGUUGUUGAGUACAGGGGAGAUAUGAUAAAUGAAGCAGAACUUCAGAGGAGAAGAAAACGUUACCACGCAUCCUGUGCUGCAUUUAUGUUUGAUUUCAAGUGGCGAGGGAAAACAUGGUGUAUUGACGCGUCAAGGGAAGAUGGAUCGUAUGGGCGUAUCGCUAAUGAUUGCCACAAUCAUCCAAAUUGUAAGAUGAAAAAAAUUGACGUCAAUGGAAAGCCUCACCUUUGUCUGUUUGCCCUGAAUGACAUUAAAGAAGGAGAAGAAAUUGCCUAUGAUUAUGGGGGAGAAGACUACCCAUGGAGAACACAAAUGACCAGCGUUGCUGUUAAAACCAGCACAGUGAAUGACUCUGAUCCUUCUCUCCAGUCAGUGACUCAGAUGGAUGAAGAAUCUGCUCAAAUCAACUCUCCUCAACCGAUGACCAGCGUUGCUGUUAAAACCAGCACAGUGAAUGACUCUGAUCCUUCUCUCCAGUCAGUGACUCAGAUGGAUGAAGAAUCUGCUCAAAUCAACUCUCCUCAACCGAUGACCAGCGUUGCUGUUAAAACCAGCACAGUGAAUGACUCUGAUCCUUCUCUCCAGUCAGUGACUCAGAUGGAUGAAGAAUCUGCUCAAAUCAACUCUCCUCAACAGAUUGUGAUACAACACCGAAAUGAAAAUGACAUUUUUGUACCAAGACUGAGACGGACUAAAAGUAUUGUGAUGAAAGACAUUGAUCUUCAAGAUUCUGGUGAGCUCUUUGAUUCUACACCAGAGAGUUCAGAUAAUUAUGUUCCAGAUACCACUUCCGACAGUGACUGUGACAGUGAUGUUAGCCUUACACUGAACCCAACAAAACGUCAGCUUCUUGAUCAACUGGAUAUGAAUGAAUCUGCCUCUGUAAGCUCCCCUGACUGUGACUCAACAACGUCAGACAAUAUGCACAGCGUUACGUCUAAAGCAUCUGGAACAGUAGAAGAGCCCAGUUCAAGUCAGAACACAAUAGACUGCGUAGUUGUUAAUGCAUACCAUAAAAGAGAUGGUGGUAGAGUGUAUAACAAGAGACAUUACUGCUUGUAUUGCUCCAAACCUUACGCUAAGAUGGCAAGGCAUCUAGAAAGUUCACAUGCAAAUACAUCUGAUGUGGCUAGAGCUCUAAGCUUUCCAAAAUGUUCAAAGGAGAGAAAAAAACAGUUGGAUUAUAUUCGCAACAAAGGGAACUAUGCCCACAAUGCUGCGGUUAUGGAAUCAGGAAAGGGGGAACUGGUGCCAUUUAAACGACCACCUAAAAAAGCACUGGGAGAGGAUUUCAUGCAUUGUGCAUACUGUCAAGGACUUUUUACGAGAAAGGUCCUUUGGCGACAUAUGCGUUCUUGCAGACUUAAACCUCAGUCAGUCCCCCCCAAACCAGGAAAAAACCGUGUUCAGUCCAUGUGUACAUACACGGGGCCUGUGCCUUCAAACAUGACCAAACAACUGUGGGGAGUAAUCAGUGCCAUGAAUCCUGACCCAAUCACAGAUAUUAUAAAAAAUGACAAAGUAAUUACUGAAAUUGGGCAGCACUUGUUGAACAAAGGAGGGAUAUCAGCCAAAAAUCAACAGUAUGUGCGGGAGAAGAUGCGAGAAUUGGGACGGUUGAUUCACAAGGCGAGGAGAGUCACCUCGUUAAAAACGAUGGAAGAUUGUGUAAAUCCAAAGAAGUACAUGGAGACUGUCAAAGCUGUGAAGUAUACGUGUGGGUAUGACAGUGAAACAGACAAGUUCAUGAUUCCAUCGCUUGCAAAUAAGCUUGGGAAUUCCCUGGUUAAAGUGAGCAAACUCUUAAAAGCUCAGGGAUUAAUCUCAAAUGACAAACAGCUUGUUAAGAAUGCCAGUGAGUUUCUAGAAGUCCAUCAGAACAAGUGGAACGAGUUGAUCUCGGCUACAGCAUUGAGGAACAUCAGUGAAGCAAAGUGGAAUGUGCCCACUAUCAUGCCCUUUACUGAAGACGUCCAGAAAAUGCACACACAUCUCAGUGAAGUGCAAGAGAAGUGGUUCAAAACACUCUCUGGAAGUCCCUCUACUAAAACCUGGAUGGAGCUGGCAAAGGUGUGUCUAGCCCAGAUGAUUCUCUUUAACCGCCGCAGGGAAGGAGAGGUUUCGAGUAUGCCUUUGUCUGCAUUUCUUUCAAGAGACACUUCUCAUCCACAUGAGGAUGUGGACUGGGCACUUUCUGAAGUGGAAAAAAAACUCUGCAGACACUUCACAAGGGUUAUCACAAGAGGAAAGCGUGGUCGACCAGUUCCAAUUCUUCUGACUCCAAAAAUGCUAUGUGCCUUAGAACUCCUUGUUAAGCAGAGAGAGGUUUGUGGGGUUCUGAAAGACAAUCCCUAUAUGUUUGCAAGACCAGAAGCCAUGACACAUUUUCGAGGGUCAGACUGCCUCCGUGGCUUUGCUAAGGUGUGUGGCGCAAAGUGUCCCAAGUCACUGACAUCUACAAGGCUGCGAAAGCAUGCCGCAACGCUUUCAACAGUGCUGAAUAUGACUGACACCGAGAUGGACCAGCUGGCAAACUUCCUUGGACACGACAUAAGAAUCCAUCGUGAGUUCUAUCGACUCCCUGAGAAGACCUUGCAACUUGCCAAGAUCAGCAAAGUUCUAAUGGCACUUGAACAAGGAAGAUUAGCUGAGUUCCAUGGCAAGAACUUGGAUGAAAUUGGGAUAGAUCCUGAUGAAAAAGUUCUUAACUCUGAUGAGGAAGACGAGAGCAUAACAGAGGGACUCUGUUCAUCUACUGUUGACGAACCAUCUUCAGAGGUGGCACUUCCUCCUACCGAGAGGAGUGACAUGCCGCCACCACCCAAGAGACGCAGACUACCAGCAGAUGAAGAGAUGCCUACAGAAGCCAGUGCUGUGAGGCCUUCUUCCAAAGGUGAAAUCUUUACACGUUUCUAA